AUGUCCUCCACCCUUUUGUUCCUCGACCAGUUCAAUGCCCCCUCAACCGAGGGCGGAAAGAGGAUUUCAAUCUACACCCCUAAGCACACCCAUGUCGGCGACAGCACUUUGCUGAUGCUACUUCUCAGUAAUCCCACCGAUGUCUUCAAUAAACUCAAGACCCAUCACCCCGAGGCAACCAAUGCCACUGACUGCGCUGCACUAGAAGUGUAUCUCUCUACCCGCCGCGAAUACGACGAGGCUGUCAAGGCAGCCGACGAGGCCAUCGACCACCACAAGCGGCUCCUACGUCAACAGGAUGACCGUGUCCUCACCGAGCUCAUUCGACUCGACAAUCUGAAAGUUGCCCAUCGCUUUCAACCGCUCCUACCGCGCAGCAUCCAGGCACAACACAACAAAUUCAUCCCACGUGCCAUCCCCAAUGCAUACCUACCCCUACCCGCACCCCUACCGACGUCUACCUUCAGGCACCCCCCGAUCUCGUCCCCUUUUCUCCAAGCAACGCCGCAGAGCACUACCAUCCCGGCCGACUGGCAACCCAACCCUGGUUGGACCCCAAAGGGAAGCUGUAGGCGAUGCAGAUCGUCUCGACACUGGGUACGAGACUGUCCGGACAUACGAUGCACAAGAUGCGGAAAAGAAGCCCCUGGACACCUGGAGCGAGAGUGCGGAACCAGGCCGAUGAAGCGACAUGUAUCCACACCACCUGAAGAACCUGCGCGAUGCGUGGGGGUGGUCGUCAACAACGUGUUCCUCGAGGGAAUCAUCAACGAGGCAAAGGAGAGGAAGGAAAGAGAGAGGCAGACGAAGGUGGUACCCAUCCCCCCACCGUGCAGCGCUAACCCCGAACCCCAGGCUAGUCCCAUCGCGGGAUCCUCACACCCCCGCCCCGAUACACCCGUCGUCUUUCGCAAAGUUGACCCCGAUUGGACACCCGACACUACUCCAUGGACGUGGGACAGCUCCUGGCCGCGUCAGAAGCACCUCUCUGGCGAGGAAUGGAAGAAUGUGGGAAGGAACGUGCACAAUGAAUGGUUCAAUAAAGAGGAGGACGAUGGCAUAGACUGGGAGUUGUACGGAGAUGGUGAGCAGCGACGAGCGAGGGCUUAUGGACAGCACAAAGUGCGCAUGGACCCCAUUAUACGUAAACCUCAGUAUGGUGCGCGAGUGGGUGCAUGCAAGACUGAGGGUGCAGGUCGCAAAACAUACAGGGACGGCGGCAGAACAGGAACACGAGUGUUCUGUUAUACGAAAGGCAGCAUGCGUGCCAAGCAAAAUGUGGCAUGGCACACAGAUCAGGAAGAAACAAACGGAAAACAUACAGGUAUUCUAGACAAUGCUGGAUUGGAGUUCCAACAAUUUCCUCUCAACUUUGGGGCUUGCGAAGACAGUGUGGUGUUGGAACAAGGGUGCGAACAGCACGGGGGGCCUCCGGCCCCCGGCUACUCGCGCGCCCGAGCUUUCGAGCUCGUUCCUGACCACGCGGGUCGGCGUGUUUCAACACAUGGAUGGGGAGAUGAUGUGGGACAGCUGCUGAUGAAUACACGGAGACUGAAGUAUCUCCCUAUGACGGAGAUCGAAGUGUCUCCGGCAUGGGGAGAUAUCUCCGGCGUCUAA